AUGUCUCAUGAAAGGCCACCAAAACUCCCUGACGACAGUAUGAUAGAAUUGGAACAGACUCAUGUGGUCUGUUGCUGUGUUCUGGUGACAGGGCAAAGUGCUACCCAUCAGAUUUCUCUCAGAGGUAACGGUCAGAUGCAAGCAGAGAAUGUUCAGAAGAAUAACAUAAACGUGGGGUUUUCAGAAAAGGAGUUGUCUGCAGUGGUGAAACUUCCAUCUGGAGAGGAUUAUAGUUUAAAGCUUUCACUUAUUCAUCCUAUAGUACCUGAACAGAGCACCUUUAAAAUACUUUCAACAAAGAUUGAAAUGAAAAUGAAAAAGUCAGAGGCUGUAAGAUGGGAGAAGCUAGAGGGACAAAGAGAUGUACCCAGACCCAAACAAUUCACACCAUAUUCAAAGCACAUGUAUCCAUCAUCCUCUUAUUAUAUAAGGAAUUGGGACAAAUUAGUUGGUGAAAUCAAGGAGGAAGAAAAGAAUGAAAAGUUAAGAGAUUUAGCUUUAAACAAAUUAUUUCAGCAGAUCUAUUCGGAUGGUUUUGAUGAAGUUAAACAUACCAUGAACAAGUCAUUUAUGGAAUCUGGAGGCACAGUUCUGAGUACCAACUGUUCUGAUGUAGGUAAAAGGAAAGUUGAUGUUAAUCCUCCUGAUGACAUGGAAUGGGAAAAGUUCUAA